UGGGAAUGUACAGUAAGAGCUGCUUCUCCACCCUGUUUAAGUUUGAGGAGAUGCAGGAGAUCGUGAAGAACUUUACUGUGGUCCACGUGGAUGCUCCGGGACAAGAGGACGGCGCGGCCAUUUAUCCUGCCGGAUACCAGUAUGCAACUAUGGAUCAGAUCUCUGAUAUGCUUCCAACUGUCCUGCAGUAUUUUAAUUUCCGCACAAUUAUCGGUGUUGGAGUCGGAGCUGGCGCUUACAUACUGUCCAAGUUCACUUUGAGUAACCCUGAGGCCGUGGAAGGGCUCGUUCUGAUCAAUGUCGACACAAACUCACGAGGCUGGAUGGACUGGGCUGCACAGAAGCUCUCCAAUCUGACGUCUUCCCUCACAGACCAAAUCCUGAGUCACCUCUUCAGUCAGGAAGAGAUGUCGGCAAACACAGAGCUCAUUCAGACCCACAGAGAGAGAGUCUCUAAAGCGCCAAACCUCAUCAACAUCGAACUCUUCUGGAAGAGCUACCAAGGUCGCAGAGAUCUGGACAUCGAGAGGAAUAACACGUUCAAAUGUCCUGUGAUGUUGGUGGUUGGUGAUCAGGCUCCAUAUGAGGAAGCUGCGGUGGAUUGCAACAGCAAACUAGACCCAACUACGACCUCAUUCCUUAAGAUGGCUGAUGCCGGCGGGAUGCCACAGCUGACUCAGCCCAGCAAACUGACAGAAGCGUUUAAGUACUUCAUUCAAGGCAUGGGAUACAUGGCAUCGUCCUGCAUGACGCGUCUCUCGCGCUCGCGCACCACCUCGCUCUCGUCCUCCUACUCCAUGGAGGGCUCUCGCUCCCGAUCCCGCACGCUGUCCCAGGGCUCGCAGGGCGGACAGCUCCCGCCGAGCCCAUCCCAUACCAUGGAGGUGUCGUGCUGAGGAGCGCCAGAGCGGGGGAGAGAGGUGGACGGAUGAAGCGCUGGAGUCCUCUGGGAAAGUGAGUUUCGUGCGUGAAGACGGGCGGAUGAUGACGACCCUCUCCCUCCCUUCACCCUUCACCCUUCACCCUUCACCCAUCACCGACCCGUCAGGCAGAUGAUAGAGCCCUUUAACUCUGUGACAUGGGCGGGGCCUUUAGUAAAACCCAUAUGUAGUGUUAACCAAUAGUAAUACUUCUAAUAUGAAUACUGAUUAUUAAUAUUAAUGAUGACGAGCGUCAUU